AAAACUGACUUUUUUGGGCAAUUUUCCAACUUCAUUUAAAAUCAACAGAUUUUACUAGUGCAGUGUGGCAACACUGUUUGGAUUGUAGUGAAUAUAUUAUAUUGCUUUCAAUGUGUAUUUAACUGUAUUAUUUGUGUUGUUUUUCUAUUGAUAUUCUUAAAAUUCAAAGAGAGCAUUACAUAUUAAAUUAUAUGAAUACAUCGAAUUGAUUUAUAUUUAAAAUGGACUCUGAAGAGGAAACUUAUGAUGAUGUUGACUCUGGAAACGAGUCAAGUGGAGAUGAUGUUGAUUUUGCCAUGGAAGUUGAAGUAACUGGCCAUAGAGAAAUGCAACCAGAUUCAGAAGAUUACCCCUUUGAAGUUCUUAGUACCGAGGAAAUUGUUCAGCACAUGGUAGAUUCAAUUAAAGACGUUAAUUCUGUUGUCGAGAUCCCUGCAACAACAACACGUAUUCUUUUAAAUCACUUUCGAUGGGAUAAAGAAAAGUUAAUGGAAAGGUUCUAUGAUGGUGAUCAAGAUCAGUUGUUUUCUGAAGCUAGAGUUAUUAAUCCUUUUAAGGAAUUGAAUAUUAGCUUUAGAGCAAAGCCACCUAAAAAAUCAAAUAAUGGAACAGAGGAAUGUGAGAUUUGUUUUAUGAUUUUUCCAUCAUCACAUAUGACCGGUCUUGAAUGCGGUCACAGAUUUUGCACCCACUGUUGGUGUGAAUAUUUGACCACUAAAAUAAUGGAAGAAGGUGUAGGACAAACAAUAGCAUGUGCAGCUCAUGGUUGUGAUAUCUUGGUUGAUGAUGCUAGUGUAAUGCGAUUAGUUAGAGACUCUAAAGUAAGACUCAAAUACCAACAUCUUAUCACGAACAGUUUUGUUGAGUGCAAUCGAUUAUUGAGAUGGUGUCCAUCUCCAGACUGUAGCAAUGCAAUAAAGGUUCAGUAUGUGGAGCCCCAUAGGGUAACUUGUAAAUGUAGUCAUACAUUUUGUUUUGCUUGUGGAGAAAAUUGGCAUGAUCCUGUAAAAUGCCAUCUUUUAAAAAAAUGGAUAAAGAAAUGUGACGAUGACUCAGAAACUAGUAACUGGAUAGCGGCUAACACCAAAGAAUGUCCUAGGUGUAAUGUAACAAUAGAAAAGGAUGGAGGUUGUAAUCACAUGGUGUGUAAAAAUCAAAACUGCAAAGCGGAUUUCUGUUGGGUAUGUUUAGGACCUUGGGAGCCCCAUGGGAGUUCCUGGUAUAACUGUAAUAGGUAUGAUGAAGAUGAAGCAAAGGCUGCUAGAGAUGCACAAGAGAAGUCUCGGUCAGCACUUCAGCGUUACCUGUUCUAUUGUAAUAGAUACAUGAAUCAUAUGGCAUCUUUGAAAUUUGAACACAAGUUGUAUGCUUCAGUGAAAGAAAAAAUGGAAGAAAUGCAACAACACAAUAUGAGUUGGAUAGAGGUGCAAUUUUUGAAAAAAGCUGUAGAUAUAUUGUGUCAGUGUAGACAAACGUUAAUGUACACUUACGUAUUUGCUUACUACUUACAAAAGAAUAACCAAUCUGUGAUUUUUGAAGAUAACCAAAAAGACCUCGAGAGUGCCACCGAAACAUUGUCGGAGUAUUUGGAGAGGGAUAUUACGUCUGAAAAUCUUGCUGAUAUUAAACAAAAGGUUCAAGACAAGUACAGGUACUGCGAUAGUCGGCGAAAAGUGUUAUUAGAGCAUGUCCACGAAGGAUAUGAAAAAGAAUGGUGGGAUUACAAUGAAUAAGCGUCUACAAAUACAUCCGUUCAGUAACUAGUAUUGUAGUAUGAUAGAUCUUAAUAUCUAGUUACCUUUAAAAAGGAAGAAACAAAAUACGGAUUUUAUUUACAUUGUGUAAUUAAUUUAUCUACGUGAGUUUUGUAUUUAUUUUUAUAGCCUAAUUUUUGAAUAUUUAUUUAAUAGGAACACAAAAAUAUACCUCAGUAGAUCGGAAAAAUCUGGAAAUCAUAUUUUACGUUUAAGCCGGACUUUUUCGUUAAUACUUCCCAAACAAACGUUCUAUUAUGUUAAUUGAUUCUAAAUAGUGAAAGACAGUUUGUUUCUUUUCGAUUCAGAGGUGGUCCAUCGUCUUCAGUGGAGCUACAUGAACACCACUGAAUCGAAACGAAACCAAACUAUAUAUUUAAGCUGAAUUAUAAAAAUAACAUUAUAAUUCGCUUUUAGGACGCUGUAGCGACAUCUGUUAAAGAAAAGAUGAAAAGUCACAGAUGCAAAGUUCAUUAUUAAAAUAAUAAAUAAUUUAUAUCUGAAAAUUUUCGUGGAAGCCACUUUCUGGUAACAUCCUUAAUAUCUGACUUUUACAAUUUAUAACGCAAGAGACGACGAAUAAAGAAGGCGAAAAGGACUCUACAUGAGACGACGAAUAAAGAAAGCGAAAAGGACUCUACAAUAUGCAGUCACUUUCUGUCUUACUCGUCUAGGAAAUGUUCCAACGAAAGAUAGUUCCAAGUACUCAAAGUACUCAGAUUUUGAGUACUUGGAACCAUCUUUCGUUGGAACUUUCCCUAGACGAAUAAGGCGGAAUGUGACUGCAUAUUGUAGAGUCCUUUUCUCUUUCUUUAUUUUUCGUCUCUUGCCUUAUAAAAUGUAAAAGUGAAAGAUAAAGGAUGUUACCAUAAAGUGGUUUCCACGAAAAGUUUCAGAUUUAAAUUAUAAUUUGUUCUUUUAAUAAUGACUAGAGCUCGGGAAAUAUGCACUUAAAAAACCCUAAAAUAUGCAUGCAAAUAUGCACAAAAAAAAACAGUUGAAAUAUGCACUUAAAAAUGCUUUUAUGCAUUUAAUGCAUAUAAAUAAAAAAACGCAGUAAUCCUUGUUUUGAAGGUAUUUAAUUAUUUAUUUGAUGCCAAUGCACUGUCGAGGUAUUUGCUAAAAAAAUAUUUAUUUUAUGCUGAAGUUAUAAAAAAUAUUAAUUGAAAUUUCUAUUACCUACAUCAUUAUAUUCAUUUUUUAUGCUUUAUAUUUAUCAUUCUUUAUUAUUACAAUUAUUAUUAAAACUAUACAUUGUUAAACGUUUUUUUAAAUUUUCUACAGAAAACAGUCGUAUGUAUUAUCUGAUUGUAAUUGUUUGAGCAUACACGGAAAAACUUCUUUCUACUUCACAUGAAGUUAAAGAAGCAAACUUAAAAUAUUGUUUAAUUAAGGGUUCUACCUAUAAAAUUAAAUUAUCUUCACAUUUCCCCAUCUUAAUAAUAUUUUUUUUUAUUUUUUUUUUGAUAUCCCUCAUUUUUCUUUAACACCGUGCCGAUUUUUGAUACACUGUGUUGGUUUCACCAAGGUGUUUAAUUAUUUCAUUUAAUGAAUUGUUAAUUUCAAUAUUUUGUUCUAAAGAAAUGUUUCGCUUUUCUAAUUUAGUAAUUGGCUAAGCAAUAUUUACAAAAUUGGUUUGAAUAUGUGUCAAAUUACUUUUUAAUAACGGUUUUUUUAAAACAUCCACACAUUUUUCAUAGCACCUGAAUUACGUCUACAUCGAAACUACAAAAUGACGUCUCUAAUUCCCUCAAAAUUAUCGGUUACGAAAUUUACAGAAUUUAACCAUGUUCUCCAUCUAAUCACAAGUUCGAGUGGUAAAAAUACAUUAGGUAAACGAUCUUUAUAAAAUUAUUCUUUAUACACCUAUACUCGCAGAAAGGAUUUUAAAAAUAUGUUUUUAUAUUUGAUACAAGGGUAUUGACCAUUGUAAAUUCCAUCCUUACAGUUUGUAGCAUCCUGCUACUCUGUUUGUAGCAGACGCGUGCUCUAGACAAGUAACAAAUUUGAAAAAAAUAUUUUUAAAUAUUGUCCACCUUUGGUUAUAUGGUGGAGCAUCACUUAACAAUAACAAAAUGUUUUCACUAACAAAAUGUGACUGCAUAUUGUAGAGUCCCCUUCGUCUCCUUUAUUCGUCGCCUUGUAAAUUGUAAAAGGCAGAGAUUAAGGAUAUUACCAGAAAGUGGUUCCACGAGAAUUUUCAGAUUUAUUGUCUAGAUCUGAGACUUCUCAUUUCUCUUUAAAAUACAUCUAUGCAAAAAAGUUUAAAAAUAUGCAAUUUUAAUAAGUGCAUAUGCACUUACAAAAUUUAUCCAAAAUAUGCAAAUAUGCAAUUUACAUAUUUCCCGAGAUCUAAUAAUGACUUUUCAUCUUUUCUGAUUCUAAAUAGUAUAUAAGGUGCCUCGUGGAAAGUAGUCAAGACUACUAAAACAUCGCUAUUCUUUAAUUACAAAAAUGUAUCAAUAUAAUUUGAUAAUGCUAUUUGAAAUCAAUGGAUUUUUAUCGAAAAAUUCGUAGAAAAGAGGCUCCGAUUGAUCUGCUGAUCUCAAGUUGAUCCACAUUUUUACAAUUCAUGCACGAAAUUUGUAAAUUGUAUAACAAAACUCUUAGUAAUAGGUUUGUUCUAGCAAACAGUCAAACUAGUCAAAAACCGUCAGCAAACAGUUGGUCAGUGAGAAAACAUAAUACAGUCACCAGUGCUAUCCCCUCUACUCGCGCUGGUCCACUAUUCGCUGAUGAUUUUAAACCAUAUGAAACUGAUGCUAGAAUAAGCCUAUUGUAAAUUCAGGCCAAGAUAGAAAAAUACACUGAUAUUGUUUUAUAUGCUGGAAAAUUAUCGAAAGUUUUACUCUAAAAAUAUUUUAUGAAAACUGUAUUAAAAAAGUCUCUUUUUAAAUUAACUGUUUUUUAAUAAUCACUUGCAACAAUGUACCAAUUAUAGAUGGCAGCUUCUGAAAUUGGUGAUGUAAAGGAUGCACAUAAUUUGUUAGCUAAAUAUUUUGAUGCGUUAAAGUAGCAUUGUUUAUGAUUAUUAUGCGUCUUUACAUGCUGUUGUCGUUUUCCAACUGCUCUUACAUAUAUCCCCUGCUCUUUUAUGUGUGUUAACCAACAUAAAUUAGGUUUUACUUCUUUCAGGUUUAGUCUUAUUCAGUUUGUUUAUGGGAUUAUUUUGUAUUUUUUAUGAGGAAGCUCUAAACGAGUGCUCUUUGCUUUCGUAUCAUUUGUUAGGUAUAGUUUUACAUUUUUUUUUUCAUUCUUUAUUUAUUUAUUUUUCAAUUUUAAUUCAGUUUGUUGUAUUAUAAUGUUUCCUGAGGUAUAAGUCUGGAAUCAAUUCUCUAUUCUUAUAUUCUAUUAUUAUUAUUAGUCUCCGCAGUCAGUUUACGCAAGACAGUUCUGACUGUUGCCGCAUCGUUUUGAAUAAUGUAUGUCAUGUCAUGAUUUUUUAAUAUGAAUAUGAAUAAUAGAAUAUGGAUUUGGAUCUGAAUAGCAUUUUUAAAAUAGCUACAUGACACGUUGACUACCUACUAACUAGGUUAUGUUAACUCCGACAUGCAGUUUAUAUCAUCCCAAAGUUGUAACACAAAGCAAUUUAGGUUGCCUAACAAUAACACCACUUUAGGCGAGGCAAUGAAGCAAUAAACCUACCAGUUUUUUUUGCACUUAGGAAAUUUUGUGAACUAAAGUAAUUAUGCUGAAAUGAAAAUUACAUUAUUGAACAACUAAAAUGCAUUUUCCAAAGUGCAGUUCGAAGUAAUGAAACAUAAUAAAUUUGUAAUUGGAAAAUAAUUGACGGAAAUGAGUUCAAUAUUACUACUCGGGGGUUUUUGGGGUCGCUGAAUACGAAUUUCAUGGCAGCGAUAGUCUCCGGAGCACCUGGUGCCCAGAAUGGGCCUCAUUUCUGGGGGUUUAUAGAAAUACGAUACAAAAUCAGGGGCCUGAUUCUAAUUAAUUUCGAUGUCGCAAUUUAAUUUCGACUCCGACAUGACAGGUGCCAUUUAUAGCGAUUCUUACUCAUUUCGAUAUUAGUUCCAACUGGGGAUAUUAACGUUAUCAUUUUGACACUGCUCAGAAUUUUGUUUGGUCCUCCUGUUUAUUGGAUUUAUUGGGUAUGCAACCACCGCAACGUUCGUUGAGAGUCUGGGCAAAUUAUCGAAAUAAUGUCAUUUUGGGAGAAGUUAUUUACCAGCUAUUUGAUUGCUAAAAUGGAAUUUUAAGAUUGCAUAUAUCUGUACCAGCUGUGAAUAAGUCGAUAACUCAAAAAUGCAAACUUUUCGGUAUGGCCAUUUUAAACAUUUUAUUAGUUUUGAAGAAUAAAAAAUUUAAGAUUUGACUUAUCCACUUAUUCACGGAUGGUACAGAUAUUAGUAAUAUGGGGUAUGACAAGUCCGCAGAAAGUGUGUUAUUUUAUUUAUAAACAAAUUAGCACUCCCAAAUCUUCUUUUUUUUUUUCAAUUAGUGCUCUGUAACUCUUAAUAUUUUUUCUUUAAACCAAAAACACUCAAAUAAAAAUUUCCCGCAAUUUAGUUCUGCACAGUUAUUUUUUUCCGAUUUCCUUCAACAAAAAUUUUACUCUGAAAAUCCGAGUUUUCCAAAAAAAUCUGCAAUUUUCAAUUAAAAUUUUAGGAAAGUAAUUAUUUAUCAAAAAUUAAAUAAACUGGUGACAUGAAAGAUUUUUUAUACCUAGUAGAUUAUACACUCACCGGCAGAGAAAACGGGCACCCCAAAAAAUGGGUCAUUUUUAAUGUCUUGUAUUUCCUAAACCUGAUGUCCGAUUUAAGUAAUUUUUUUAAUAUAGCCUUAUUCUUUAUCAAUAUCGCUGUAUUAAUAUUGUUGCUAGACAGGUACAUCGUCAUUGUAUACAGGGUGUACGAAUCAAACUGUGUUUUUUUCUCAAACUUUGGAACACCCUGUGGAAUGUUCUAGCUUUUAUAAAAUACUAAAAUUAAAACCCAACUAUAGCCACAGAUUUUCUUAACAUUCUGUUUUUUUAUUAAUUCGCUUAUUUUGGAUAAUAAAAAAGUUAGGCACUUUAACAACUACCCCUGUUUUUCGUUAAUACAGGGUGUUUUUCAAUAAGUACGGCAAGCUUUAAGGGGUAAUUCUGCAUGAUA